UGAAGGAACAACACUUUUGAGGCACGGAGACAGAGGGCCGCCGACUGACUGGGCCCGACUCUAGUAAGUACGUCGGGUCAAUCCUGACCGGCCCCCUUUGCUGCGUGUGACACCCCGCUCCGCGGCGCCACCAGACACAAUAGAAAGCACUGCACAUUCGCAUAUUCAGGAGCUGCGACCUGUGCGCGGCUGACGUGACCAUGACGUGACGUUACCUCCGUUUGCUCAAUCGUCCCGCCCUCGGGUCGCUGAUAUCGUUACCGGUCGGAUGGAGGAGGGGGUGGGGUUGUCGUGUGCGCAGGGGUGCAGCAGUUCCAGCACCUUAUACCUGUAGGCGGCCGUCUCGGCGACGCUUCAGUCAGCGGGGUGACCCAGUCCGUGAAGCAGGAUGCCGCCCAACGUGAAGCGCGCCGUACCGCUGAGCGGCGAGUGUGACUGCGGCCAGGAGCACGACCCGGACCACGUCCACGAGCAUGACCACGGCCUGGCCGCGGCGCCCGCGGGGUCUCGCUGGCACGGCCUCGGCUGGGCCUACCCCAAGGACAGGGACAAGGGCCUCUUCGCCACCGUGGACGGCUGGCUCGCCGACAGGAGGCGAAUGGACGGCGCCGAGGGCCUCUGGCGCGUGGAGGACAACCUGUACGACCUGACGCCCUUCAUGGAGCGCCACCCGGGCGGCAGGCAGUGGCUGGAGCUCACCAAGGGCAUCGACGUUACCGAACUCUUCUUCUCGCACCACAUCUCCGAGACGGCCGAGGCCCUGCUGCCCAAGUUCCUGGUGCGGCCGGCCGCUGCUCCGCGCAACUCGCCGUUCACCUUCCACCGGGACGGCUUCUACAUGCAGCUGCGGGAGCGCGUGCGCAAGACGUACGAGAACAUCCCGAAGCAGGUGCUGCGCGAUGCCGAGCAGCGCUCCGAGAACAUCGUGGACGCGCUGGCCGUGUCCUCGCUGCUGGCGUGCUUCCUGGCCGUCCGCUUCGGCAGCUACUUGAUGGGCGGCGUCGCCGGGCUGCUGCUGUCCCUCACCUGCUCCGGCGCGCACAACUUCUUCCACAAGCGGCAGAACUGGCGGCGGUACUACUUCGAGCUGAGCUUCAUGUCCUCCCGGGAGUGGAUGGUGAGCCAUGCCAUGUCGCACCACGUGUUCCCCAACACGUUCCAGGACCUGGAGGUGACGUUCUUCGAGCCGCUCGUCGCCUUCCUGCCGUACCCGCACAAGAACGUGGCGGUGCGCUACCUGUCCUGGGGGUACUGCGCCGUUCUGUACGCGGUGCUCGGCCACGGCCAGUUCCUCAAGAGGUUGCAGAGCCUGUCGUUGGCAUGGACCGACGCGGUGGCCUUGGCCGUCCCCGCCGCCAUGCUGCUGAGCGGCGCACCGCUGUGGGACCUCUGGCUCAUGUGGACCUGGGUGCUGGUCGUCAGCAGCCUCUACUUCGCCAUGCAGGGACUCUCGGCCGGACACCACCAUCCCGACAAUUACCACGAGGGCGACGCCUUGGGGGCUGACAACGAUUACGGGCUAAUGCAGCUCGCAGCUACCGGCAACUGCACUGGUUUGCGAGGCCGAGAGUCUCUCUUUUUCUCUCUGACGCAUUUCGGGGACCACCGUCUUCAUCAUCUGUUCCCUGCCGUGGACCACGCCGUCCUACCCUUCCUGGAGGCUGCCCUGGCUGAGCACAUGAUCCAAUACCGUCUGAAGGCUGCCCCCAUGACGACCUGGGAGGCCCUCAAAGGGAAGUACCUCCAGAUGGCAAGAACCACACCCAACUGGAGGCCCCCCAUCAACCUCCAUCAGUGACGCCAGGGUUUUUGAAAAUUUGUGUGCUGUGCGAGAGCUACUAUGUGAUACCAUGAAAAGUUUUGUACUUACGUGAUAUAUUACUCUAGUAUAUUUAAGGAAUGACUGAAAUCAAUCAUAUUGAAGAUCUUUGACUUUUUAAAAGAUAAAUAUCAAUGACCAAGUGA